AUGCAAGUAAAUUCACAAAAACGUGAAAAUACUCAAACUACAAUAUUAGCAUUAUUACUUACACAUAAAGGAGGAUGUACUCUAAGGCAGUUAAAUAAUGAUUAUUAUGAAACAGAAGGUGAACAUAUACCAUGGAAAGAACUUGGAUAUAGUUCUUUGUUAGCUUUUCUAUAUAGUAUGUCAAAAACAGUUCAAAUAGAAAAUAAAAAUAAUACAUUUAUUAUACAAGGAAUUGCUUCUGAAAAAUCCAAACAUGUUAGUAAAUUAGUAGCUGGUCAAAAAUGCCAGAAACCAUUUUUUGGAAGAAAAUUUUAUAAACCAAAUCAUUAUUUUCCUACAACUGCUCCUCCUCGAAUUCGUAUACCAGCUGAGAUAUUAAGUAGAAUAAUCAGUUUAGUUAAUGAUCAUCCAGAUGGCGUAAAUAAAUACUAUGUCCUUCAAGAAAUUCAUUUGUGCAUGCCUUUUGCAAACAUUACUAUGAAAGACAUGGAGGAGCAAUUACAGGAAUUAUCACAUACGAUUUUUCAAACAAGUACUAAAAUUUAUCCAAUACAUGCUAAAAUUAAAGGAUUUAAUCAUUUAAAAAAUUGUAAUAAUAUGGCUUCUAAUUCUAAAUCUAUAUCUCAAAAUGGAGAAAAAUAUAAAUCAUUAUCUGUAACUGUUGCUGGAGAUGAAGAUUCAAAUGGUAUAUUAAAUUAUGAUGAAGAAGAUAUUUUAGAGUUUUCACAUUCUGAUUCUUUUUAUUCAAAAUCAAUUAAAAGCAAAUCUACAUCAAGCUUUAUAAAAGAAACUGUAUUUAAAUAUCAAGAUCAAGAGACAGAAUGUCUCCAGAAUGAAACUCCAAAAACUCAAUAUAAUAAUGAUACUCAAAUUCAGAUGAAAUUGAAUAAUAGUAUAGAAAAGGAUGAAGAAAAUGUUUUAGAUAAGAAAAAUGUUGAAAUACUUAUAAAUGAAAGAAUCAAAUUUCGUUUGGAAAAACUUAUACAAAAUCAUCAGGAUGGAAUUUGGUGUGCUGAUUUACCAAAGAAAUAUCUAGAAGAAUAUAAAGUAUCUUUGAAUUAUGAAGAAUUAGGUUUUAAUAGUGUUAGAGAAUUUGCAUCACAGUUACCUGAUAUCUUUCAUUGUAUUCAGCCUCAUAAUGCAGGAGAUUUUAUGCUCUAUUAUGCAAAAAGAGAAAUACCUUCAAAUAAAAUAAAAGAGAAUGAUAAAAUUAAUAAUAUUACAGAUUGGUAUAACAUUUAUGAAACAAUUGAUGAAGAAGCACUUCCAGCAGAAGUGUCACCUGAUACAUGUAAAAUAUUAAUACCAGAUAAUGUAAUGAGUAUUGGAGAAUAUGUAGGUUACAUAAAUGUUGCAGAUUUAGCACAAAAUGAGGAACCUUUCAUAGAAGUUUUUGUUGUAGAAGUAUUUACACCCUCAUUCUUUUGGAUACAACUUCGUAAAAAACAAAAAAUAUUUAUAAAGUUUAUGGAUGAUUUACAUAAAUUUUAUACAAUGAAUCAUGAGCAAUAUGUGAUUCCACUAGUUGUACUAGAAAGAGGUUUAAAUUGUGCAUGUAUAUAUAAUGGGUUAUGGCAUAGAGGUAUAAUCAAAAGUGUAAAACCAGAUUUACAAGUCACUGUAAUGUUUUACGACUAUGGAACAUUAAAAACAUAUUCUCCAGGAGCAGUAUAUUACUUGCAUAGAAUGUUUUCCAAUUUACCAGCUCAAGCAAUACCAUGUGGUUUAAUUAAUACAAGACCAUAUAAAGGAUCUAAAUGGUCUCGUGGUGCUACUUAUUAUUUUGCAGUAAGAACAUCUAAAAUACCUUUAGUUGCGACAAUUGCAUCAGUUAAUACAGAGGAUAAUUCUAUGAUAAUAAGUUUGACUGAUACAUUGGAAGAAGAAGAUGUACAUAUUAAUGAUUGGUUAGUUGAACAGAACUUAGCAGAACAUGGAAAAAUGGUUUGUAUGAAAAAACGAAAUUUUCCAUUUCAAUAUUAUUUAGAAUGUCAAAAACGUCUUAAGCAAUAUAAAUUUAGUAAUCGCGAAAUGGAAACAAAUUCUGAAAAUAAAACACUAUUAUAUAAUUUAAAUUUUGAUUCUGAUAGUACUAAAUCUAAUAUUUCAUCAGUUGUUAAAAAUAUAAAAAAUGAUAUCUCAGAUACUGAUACUUUAUCUCUAUCUGUUAAAACCAAAGAAAAUAGUGAUAUGUCAGCUACUGAUACUUCAUUGAUUACUCUAUCUGCUAAAAAAGCAAAAAAUGAUGAUAAAUACGAUAUUUUACAAAAACAUAACAAUAUUCCAAAACAAUAUGCUUAUCAUUUUGAUGUACAUACUUCAGAAGAUGAAUUAGAUUUUAAUGAUAUCAGAAAGUCUAUUGGUAUAUGCAACGAAGUAUAUAAAACAGAAGAUACAGAUUGGUCUGUUAUUGACAAAAAACAAGAAAAAAAAUAUUCACAAGAAAAUGUAUUUAAAGUGAAUACACACGAAACAUCACAUGAAACAAUAAAAAAAUCAACACCAGAAUUAUUUAUGAUUAGUAAUUUAAAUAAGGAAGAAAUUCCAAUAACUUCAUCAAAAUCAUCCGAAUUUGAAAACAAUUUAGAAUUAGCGGAAUAUGUGUUAUCGGAUUCAACAUUAUCACAACAAAUUACAUUAAUAGAAAAUGAAGAAAUCACACAAAUGGAAAUGUCAUUUGUAAAAGAACUGGCACUACCUGAAAUUUCUAACAUACCAAUUUUAAAUGAUAUUGAUAUAGAUUCUGAUGAAGAAGAAUGGGAUGUUCAAGUAUCAUAUGCUGAUGCUUAUACAAGUAAUAUAAAAAUAUAUGAAGAUGCAAAAACUAAUCAUGAAGUUAUGUAUUCAGAUAAUCAAAACUCAAAUAAAAUUACUGAUAUUCAAAUUUAUGAAGAUGCAGAAAGUGAUACUCAUGAAAUUAUAUAUGCUACAGAUAAAAUAGCUAAUCAAAACAAAACAGAAAAUGUAAUGAAUCAAUGUAUAAAAUAUGAAAAUCAGAUGCCUAUAAUAGAUUCUGAAAUGACUUCAGAAUUAAAUAAUAAAUAUACAUUUAAUUUAAAUAAUACUAUAUCAUACAAAUUACAAGUUCAGUUAAUAGGAGCUUAUGUAGAUAAAGUUGAUAUGAGUAAUUUAUUGCUUUAUGUGGAGGAAAAUUUAAUAUUAUCACCGGAACAAUUUUAUGAAGAAGAAACUAAUACAUCUAAUGAUAAUGAAAAUUUAUCUGAUAAUGCCAUUAAUAUGCCCUUGAUAUCACCACAAAGUACUUUAAAUGAUGAGCUUUUUAAGCCUUCAUCAGACUGUAUAUCACUUGAUGAACAAAAAAAGUUACUAAUAGAAGAAGACAUUCAAGAUCAUACUUUUAAAAAUAAUUCAACAUCUAAUAUAUCUACUUUUAAUAAGAAUAAUACUAAUCCGUUUAUACAAGAUGAAUCUCUUUAUGAUCAACUUAAUGAUGAUAUAAGUCCUCAAAAAUUUAUGCAGUUAUGGCAAGAAAACAUGCAAAUACAAAUGCAAAUAAAUUCAAUAAAUGAUAAAACAUCUUUGAAAGAAACAAAUCCUUUUAGACUUAGUUUAGCAGGUAAAUUACAAAUACUUGAUACGCAAGAAGAAAAUUCUUCAUGUUCUAAUGAAGAUGAAUUAUUACAUGUGUUACAUAAAAAUCGCGACGCGAUUGUUAUCAAAGAACAUGAUUUGAUAAAUUGUGAGAAUGAUAAUUCCAAGAUUAAUUAUACAAAUCAACUUAAUCAUAAUGAUUCAUUUGCAUUAAAUGUAGAUGAAGUUAUAAAUACAACGUCCAAAAUUACUAUUGAUGAUGAAGUUACACAACAUAAUGAAGUUAUUAAUACAACAUCCAAAAUUACUACUGACAAUCAAGUUACACAACAUAGCAUUCGUAAUAAAGAAAUGGAAAAAUCAUUUACAUUAAAUGCAAAAUCUUUAAAUGUAGAUGAAGUUAUUAAUACAACAUCUAAAAUUACUACUGAUGAUCAAGCUGUACAGCAUAAUAUUCGUAAUAAAGAAAUGGAGAAACAUUGUUUUUCACCAUCAAAGAAAACUCUUAUUGAUAGUAAUUUACAAUAUGUUGAAAAUGCAUACAAAUAUGAGCCAAUUACAAUUGAUACUUCUAAUUUUAAUCAAUCUUUAUGGAAAAAACAUACUGAAUUUGUUGUAUCAGGAGAAAUUCCCAAUUCAAAUACGAAUAUUAAUGGAAAACAUUUAACACAUACAUCUACUUCUCAUACAUUAUAUAGUUCAUCUCCAAUAAUAGAACUUAAUGAAGUGCAAUAUAAUCAAAAAUCAAUAGAAAAUAAUUAUGAAAAUAUCUUAAAUUUUGAAGUUAAUGCUAAUGCUAUGGAAAUGAAAAAUUCAUAUUCAAAAAAAACUGAAUUAAAUACUAUUGAAAAUGCCACAUAUAUUCCAGAAUAUUUAUCUCUGAAUCAUAAAAUAUUAUUUCAAGUAGUUGCAUUACCUAAACAAAUAGUGCAUAUAUUUCAUUAUCAAGAAGAAGGAUAUUUAUUAGUAGAUGAGUUUAUUGAAAUAUUUAAUGAAACAGAAAAAAUUUUAGAUAUGAUAAACUUAUUACAUACAUUCAAUAUACGUGUACAAUUUAAAGAAAUUGAUAGAACUAAAAAUUCUCUACAAUUCAUAAAAACUAGCAGCACAAUGUCAAAAGCAACAUAUGAUAUAGUAAAUGGUACUAAUAAACUAUAUUUAAUGUCUUUGAAAUUAGCUCUAAAAAUAUUACAUAAAUUGGAAAUUAUUUCACAAAAAGAUAUUAAGUUAUAA